ACCGAGACACACGGUGACGGUGGUGAACAACUGGUGAUCAGCCAUUAGCAGCUACGCACAGGUGUUCGAGCUUGCGUGUGUGGUGCGAGAUGAGGAUGACGAGCUGCCGGAGGAGCGCCGCCGUCGCUGCCGCGUUGGUGCUGCUGGCGUUCGGGUGCGGCAUGGUGGAGAGCCGGCGCGUGGCCAGGAUGGGCCUCGGCAUUGACCUGGGCGGCGGGCAGGGGGAGGGCGCCGGGCUCGGCCUCGGCCUUGGUCUCGGGGUUGGAGCGGGCACGGGAGGGGUGUCCGCGUCCGGAUCAGGUUCCGGCUCCGGCUCCGUGGCUGGAGCGGGCUCGACCUCUGAGUCGAGAUCCGGCUCCGUUUUUGUUGGAGGCGCCAGCUCGUCCGCUGGGUCUAGUGCUGGGUCCAGCGCCGGAUCGGCCGGGUCUGGGGCGGGGUCUUCGGUCGGGUCGGGGGCGGGUUCCGGUGGCGGGCAGGGCUAUGGCGGUGGAGGUGGCGGUGUUAGCAAUAAUACUUUAGAGAUAGCCCCUGGCUCCACCUUAGCAUCUCCAGCAGUGAGAAGAUCGUCGGGAGGAAGGGCAUCAGCAGGCGAUGUAGCAGACACGAAGGAUGCCGCCGGCACGGACCUAGAGGUGGCCGGCGGUGGUGGUGGUCUUCUGAUCCCCUUAAGCACCCUUUCAGGAUCGGCUGUUAGGAGUAACCGGGUGCUAACCCGUACGUGUGUUGCCCCCAAGGGGUACGACCUCCUCAUUUUGUAAGUGGUGCGAAGGGGACAGGGACCAAAACCAAAAGUUGGGUCAAUGCCCCCGAUCAGGGCAUGUACUGGGGAUGCAAAUCCUCCCCUUCUUUGUCUCAGUUUGUUAUAACCGUAGAUCAAUUCCAACAUUCUCCCCCUUGAUCGUAUGGUUAAUAAACGUCAUAAGCCCACACUCGAUAGAAAUAACACACCAAAAUAAAGUGUUGCAAUGACCAAUGAGAAGCCACUGAACCUCUUUACCUAUAGUACAUCACUCUAUCUCGAAAUGGAAAACAUAAUACCUUUUGGGAGUUGGUUUAUAAGAUGGUCCUAAUUUCCAGGAUCAAAAAGCUUUCCUAACCCAUGCCGGCAACAUAAUCAUGAGUAUGGGUGGUGAGCCUCUUUGGUAAACGGAUCCGUAAUACAUACAAAUCAUUUUUAUAUGCUUAACAUCAUUAGCUUGAUCUUGGAUUCUAUCUUUCACAACAUGAUACAUAUUGUCAAUGGUUUUGGCAACACCAUUUGACUUGUUGUUACUCGCAUAGAAAACUGUGUGUUCAUAAUGCAGUAGGUGGUUUUUAUAAAUGUUGUCUACCACCUUAAUUUCGGGAAUAGAACUUCUUUGACA